AUGCAGCUCAACUUCAGCGGCCUGCGGGCCCUGGUGACCGGGGCCGGGAAAGGGAUCGGGCGGGAGACCGCCAAGGCGCUGCUCGCCUUGGGAGCCAGAGUGGUGGCCGUGAGCCGCACCAGCGCCGACCUGGUCAGCCUCUCCCGAGAGUGCCCCGGGGUGGAGCCCGUGUGCGUGGACCUGGGCGACUGGGAGGCCACGGAGCGGGCGCUGGGCGGCGUGGGCCCCGUGGACCUGCUGGUGAACAACGCGGCCGUGGUCCUGCAGCAGCCCUUCCUGGAGGUCACCAAGGAGGCCUUUGACAGGUCGUUCAACGUGAACCUGCGGUCCGUGUUCCAGGUGUCCCAGAUCGCUGCCCGCAGCAUGAAGGCCCGCGGGGUGCCAGGCUCCAUCGUCAACGUGUCCAGCAUGGUGUCCCACGUGUCCUUCCCCAACCUCAGCACCUACAGCUCCACCAAGGGCGCCAUGACCAUGCUGACCAAAGCCAUGGCCCUGGAGCUGGGGCCGCACAAGAUUCGGGUCAACUCCGUGAACCCCACGGUGGUGCUGACGGCCAUGGGGAAGAGUGUGACGCAGGACCAAGAGUUCACCCUGAGGCUCAAGGAGCGCCACCCGCUGCGCAAGUUUGCUGAGGUGGAGGACGUGGUCAACAGCAUCCUCUUCCUGCUCGGCGACUGCAGCGCCUCCACCACCGGCUCGGGCGUCAUGGUGGACUGCGGGUACCUGGCCUCCUAGGGCGGCGGGCACAGCGGCGCAGGCCCCGCCCACCGCCGCCCCGUCCCACAACGACACGCCCCCAGAGGCCAGCGCCCCGCCCCACGCUGGCCACGCCCCCAGAGGCCAGCGCCCCGCCCACACGCUGGCCGUGCCCCGCCCCCCGGCCCCGCCAGACCCCGUCUGCAGACCCUUACCGCCCGCGAGACCCAGCCGUGGACUGGCCAAAUAAAAGGAGGCUUCU